AUGAGCCAAAGUGUUGCUCAAAGUCUAUCAAACAAUUCCGCCAAUUUCCUUACAACUUCAUCAGUUCGACCAUUCAGCAAUAACCUCAAUAGCAAUAUGAUGAACAAUAAUCAACAAGGACCUCUGGGUAUUCUCGGAGGAACUUCUCUAUUGCCUAGUACAUCAUCGGGAAAUAAUUCAAAUACUUUUGUCACUGCUGGAAAUUCGAAUACAAGACCAUACUUUUCAGUUUCAAAUAAUACUAAUAAUAAUAAUGGAAAAGCAGCAUUGAAUUCGUUGGGAAGAGAGUUUUUCAAUCAACACAGACGAUUCAAAAGCAUACAUUCAACACCUACAUCCAAUUUUACUUCAAAUAUAACGCCUCAAAAUCAAACAAAUUCAAAUACUGUGACAGCAAAGAGGUCAACACUUGUUGCUUCCUCUAAAAGGACAACAACUACAACAUCAAGCGUGGGAGGCAAAAGACCUCAAAGUGCCACUACUCCCCGAUUACAAAAUGGUCCCAAUGCCGUCUCUGCCUCUCCUUCAAAUAAUUCUUCCAACAUAAUGUACUUUAAAUAUUCAUCAACACCUCAAGAAGGUCAAAAUUCAGCCGUGAUGAAUGGAAAUAAUCAACCAGAUGAAAGAGUUCCUAAUAGAUUUACAAGAGGAAACUCUCCAAAAAUUAAUUAUCUAAUGUCUCAAAAUACUCCACAGGUGAAGGAAAAGACUGUGGAAUCAAAAAUUGAGGAAACAGUGAGUAACGAGAGGCUGAAUCUUGAUCGAAGAAAUCUAACAAAAUGCCCAAUCAUUACAGGUGAUACAAAUCUUAAAUUAUUGAAUUUACAAUAUAACGAAAUCAGAAGUAUAAGCAAUUUAAAUAAUCUGACGAGCUUGGUAUUUUUGGAUUUAUAUGGAAAUAAGAUUAAGAAAAUAUCAAAUUUGGAUUCUUUAUUAUCUCUCAGAGUUUUAAUGUUGGGGAAAAACAUGAUCGAGAAAAUUGAAGGGUUGGAAUAUUUACACAAAUUGGAUGUAUUGGAUCUUCAUGGAAAUAAGAUUAGGGAAAUAUCCAAUCUUUCAUCCUUGAAGGAGGUUCGAGUAUUAAAUUUAGCUGGAAAUUUAAUAUCCAAUGUUUCAAAUGUUAGAGGAUUACAAUCCUUGAAUGAAUUGAACCUUAGGAAAAAUAUGAUUGAAAAAGUAGAAGAAAUAGAUGAGCUUCCCAAUUUAAAACGUCUAUUCUUAUCUUCGAAUAAUAUUCAACUGUUUGCCUCUGUUGAAAGUGUGCUCAGAAGUACAUCUCUAACAGAACUGUCUAUGGAUGAUAACCCUCUACAACAAAAUCUAGGACAAAAAUAUAGAGUCAUAACUUUGGCAUCAAUGAGAAAAUUAGUAAUACUGGACUCGACUAAAGUUGUUGAAUCCGAACGAGAUGUAUCUCUCAAAUAUCUUGCCAAUGUUAAUGUUUCCUCAAUAUUCCCUUUCACUGACCUAAUACCAAGUCCUUUGGAGUACGGGCAAGAUCUAAACAUAGAAAUUAAUCUGGCAAGCUCUCAUCCUCCAGAUGCUCAAGAUAUUUCACCUACACCUCCAACUCCUAACUUGGACAUAAUAACAGCAUUUGCUAAGGAAAAGGAAGAAAACCACAUGCCAGAAGUUGCAAUAUCAUCAUACACACAAAUUGAAGGAGAAAUGCUUCAUAUUUACGGAGAACCUUUCAUUACACCAAUUAAUUAUGGAGACUAUAAUGUUCAUUUUCAUAAUUUGGGACUUGAAAAGAUUUGUGAAACAUUCUUAUUCACAAAAAAGAUAAUGGCCUCAAGCUUGACAUUCAGUAAUAAUAACAUUUCGAGUCUGAAACAAUUAUCACUACUCUCCAAGUUAGAUUUUGUAGUGACCAAGAUUUCAUUCAAAGACAACCCUGUCUGCUCUUCCCUAAAAAGAAUUUUAAAACCCUACUGUAUAUAUGUUCUCCCACAAUUAGUUGAAAUGAACGGAAAACCCAUUUCAUCCACUGAUAAAUCCAAUUCAGAAAAGAUUUUUGGUAAAAGACAAGCCGUAGCCAAGCAAAUACCGAUACCUGUAGCAAAUAACGUUUUGGAUAGAUAUUCUGGAAUUAUCAAUCCAUACAUCAAAUCAGUACUCAACCAUACAUACAUUGUUCAAGAAAAGAUGAAACUUGUGGACGAAGUGUGGGAUAGUGUAAUGUUUGAUUUUAUCAUGCAUUCACUUAAUUCGCUCGACAAGGGUUCAUCAAAACAAAACUCUGACAUGCUGUUUAAAAAAGCAAAAUCUGGUGAUUAAAAAUAAUUUAUUAAUUG